UGCUCCAUCUCUACUCGUCACACCAUGCUCUCUACUCUCGCUCGCACUACAAGCCGGCUGGCUGCCCGACAAGGCCGAAGGCAUGCCAUCACGGCGUCCAUCGGUGGGGCCAACCAGAAGCACACGGUGGUGCUCAUCAGGCACGGCGAAUCGCAGUGGAACCUUGAGAACCGCUUCACCGGUUGGUACAACAUCCAGCUGUCUUCAAAGGGGGAGAUAGAGGCGGCGGAAGGGGGCAGGCUCAUCCACGAAGCUGGGUACACUUUCGAUAUUGCGUACACGUCGUUCCUGAAGCGCGCGAUCAAGACCUGCUGGCACACCCUCGAACAGACCGGGCUGAUGCACAUCCCGAUCGUGAACGCGUGGCAGCUCAACGAGCGGCACUACGGGGGCUUGACCGGUCUGGACAAGCAGGAGACCGUUGAGAAGCACGGAAUAGAUCAGGUUAUGGUAUGGAGGCGUUCCUACGACAUCCUGCCGCCGCCCGUCGACAAGAAGAGCGAGUUCUACCCAGGCAACGACCCCAUGUACAAGUCGCUUUCUCCCGAAGAGCUGCCGGUAACGGAGUCUUUGGCAACGACCCUCAAGCGCGUGCUGCCCUACUGGGAGAAGGUCAUCAGCCCGGAGAUAGAGUCUGGCAAGAACGUGCUGAUCGCGGCACACGGAAACUCUCUCCGAGCGCUGGUGAAGCACCUGGAUGACAUCCCAGAAGACGUCCUCACCGGCCUCAACAUCCCCACGGGCGUGCCCCUCGUGUACGAGCUGGACGAUAACAUGAAGGUCAUCCCGCACAAGGACGCCAUCGCGCCUCUUCAGGGCCGCUACCUGGGAGACUUGGAGAAGGUCAAGGCCCGCAUCGCCGGCGUGGCGAAGCAGACCAAGAUCGUCUUCGUCGACAGCACACCGUAG